AUGUUCGGCAUCCAGGAGCAGCUGAUCCGAGAAGUGAGUGGAAUAAAAGAGAGGAACCUUGGAGUGGAGAUGGAUCCGGUCCGGUCCUGGGUGCGUAAUGUUGGAGUGGUGGAUGCGAACGUUGCUGCGCAAAGUGGAGUGGCUUUGUCAAGAGCUCAUUUUGAGAAGCAGCCGCCCUCAAACCUCCGCAAGUCCAACUUCUUCCACUUCGUCCUGGCGCUCUAUGACAGACAUGGCCAACCUGUGGAAGUGGAGCGGACGGCCUUUGUGGACUUUGUUGAGCACGAAAAGGAACAGACAGGAGAAAAGACGAAUAACGGCACACACUACAAGCUCCAGCUCCUCUACAGCAACGGGGUUCGCACCGAGCAAGAUCUUUACGCAAGACUUAUCGACUCCGUCACCAAACAGCCCAUAUCGUAUGAGGGACAGAACAAGAAUCCUGAAAUGUGCAGAGUUCUGCUCACUCAUGAGGUUAUGUGCAGUCGCUGCUGCGAGAAGAAAAGUUGUGGCAAUCGAAACGAGACGCCCUCUGAUCCAGUCAUCAUUGACAGGUAA